AUGGAUGAUGCCGUAUUUGAAGGGAAUGACGACGACCACACAAUUAUCUCAGACCCGUUGCCUGAACCUAUCAUUGCUCGCUUCAUCAAAAUAACAGUCAUGGAUUACCACAAGGGUGUUCGCCUGCGCUGCGCCAUACUAGGAUGUGACUUGUAUCUUCAGUAUACAACACCAGAAGUUCCAACCAGCACAGCAGUUACUCGGACAACAUCGCCCUCUAUGUGUAGCGCUGGUCAGUACCAGUGUGGUAGUGGCUUAUGCAUUGAUACAGGGAAGCUGUGUGAUGGUAACAAUGACUGCGAGGAUUACUCAGAUGAAAAUGGCUGUGGAAAUGCAACAACAACCAUCCAAGCUGAGACAACCACAGAGCAGAUUGUGACAAGUGCCACUCCUACAGAAGCAUCUACACCAGCUGUCACCACACCCGCUCUCACUACACCAGCUCUCACCACACCAGCUCUCACCACACCAGCUCUCACCACACCAGCUCUCACCACUCUGUCCUUCACCACACCUUUGCCUGUAGACUGCUCAUGGAACCCCUGGACAGAAUGGACCCCUUGCUCAGUGUCAUGUGGUAUAGGUCAAAGGUUACGUGAUCGUAGUUUUAUCCAAUCAGUGAAUGGUGGUAUGGAUUGUAAUAGUGCAGAGUCCAACGAGGAAGAGUUCUGUAAUACAGAACCUUGUACAACUGAUGGUAAUUGGAGCCCAUGGGGGGCCUGGGCAGAUUGUGAUGUCACCUGUAAUGGUGGAACUUCCUUCAGGUAUCGUAACUGCAGUGACCCACCUCCUAAAAAUGGAGGUAAAGAGUGCGAAGGUGUGCCAAUAGAGACCAAGGCCUGCAACUCCCAGAAAUGUGAAAACAACUGUCAAGGAGGUCGUAUCUAUGAUGAAGUGUGUGCAACACGUUGCCCUUCGACAUGUGCUGACCUCCAAGUAGGGUCACUGUGCAUUGAGGAGUCAUGUGAGCCAGGGUGUCGUUGUCCUGAUGAUAUGUUAGAGCAGGAUGGAGAGUGCAUCUUACAAAGGACGUGUGAUUGUUGGGAUGCUGAUGGAAAUAGACACGCUCCUGGUUCAGUCACAACUGAAGAUUGUCAAAACUGCACCUGUUUAAAUGGCCGUUAUACCUGUGAUGAACUCCCAUGUGCUGUAGACUGUGGCUGGACCUUAUGGUCAAGAUGGACUUCAUGCUCUAAGACCUGUGGCUCUGGUUCUCAGAUGAGAUUCAGAUCUGCCAACAAUCCUUUAGCAUUCAACGGUGGGCUUGAAUGCAUUGGAGAGAGUCAAGAGGAACAGACCUGCAAUAUUGAUGACUGUCCCUCUGGGUGUAUCCAUGGUAACAAGACCUAUGCAGAAGGAGAGUUGGUCUCUAAGGAUACUUGCAAUACUUGUACGUGCACUGGAAGCUAUGUAAACUGUACUGCUAACAUCUGUGAUGGUGGUUGGUCAACAUGGUCUCCAUGGUCUAUGUGUAAUGCAUCGUGUAAUGGUGGAGUUACUGUCAGAUCAAGAUCCUGCUCUAUGCCACCUCCUAGCAAUGGUGGAGCGGGAUGUGAAGGAGAGAGUAUGGAGACGGAAGAGUGCAACGUCGAUCCUUGCCCAGUUGUUGGUGGAUGGUGCUCAUGGGCCUCUUGGACUGACUGCUCAGAAGACUGCAACACUGGAUAUCAGGAACGAGUUCGAGUCUGUGAUUGUCCUCCAGCCGAGUAUGGAGGUAGAGAGUGUGAAGGAGUUGACUCUGAGGAUGCUGGGUGUAAUACGGACCCAUGUCCAGUUGACUGCGAGCUCAAUGAGUGGUCUGAAUGGAAUUCUUGUUCAGCGUCUUGUGACGGAGGUACAUCACAGAGAUUCCGUAACAUCACCGUGCCAGCUCAGUACGGAGGAGAGAAAUGUGAAGGAGCUUUAGUAGAGACGAUACAGUGUGGUGUUGAGCCUUGUACUGUUUGUGCUGAUGGUCUAGUUGAAGAUGAGUGCGCGAACAGGUGCCCUAGCACCUGUUCAGAUCUACACAAUGGAGCCGAGUGUGUUGCAAUCAAUUGCACUCAUGGAUGUCAUUGCCCUGAAAAUAUGGUUUUACAAGAUGGUCAGUGUGUUUACCAACCAGAAUGUCGCUGUUUACUUGAUGCAAGUAUACUAGGCCUCGAUCAAGAGUCCAUUGUGAUACCUGAUGAUAUUGAAAUGCAACAAUUACUGGAUGGAUUUGUACAAUAUCAACCUGGUGCGGUAUUCUAUAACCAGUGCAAUAACUGCACUUGUAUGAGUGGCUCUUUUGUCUGCACUGAUCUUGAUUGUAAAGUGAACUGUGGCUGGAGUGAGUGGACUGAGUGGUCAGAAUGUUCAGUAUCUUGUGGUAGAGGUCAAAGUGGAAAGGUCAGAUAUCGCUACCCUAAUAACCCUGAAGCUGCUUAUGGUGGAUUACAAUGUGAAGGAGACGAUGAAGAAUAUAAAGACUGUGACUUGGAAGAUUGCCCUUGUGACUACAACGAAGUCUGGAGUCAACAAGCCACCAACUGCUCCUCAACCUGUAGUGACCUCCACAGCGCCCUCACAGUCACAAAUGAGCCAACAACCUGCGAUGAAGACCCACAUGAGGCCUGCACUUGUAAGCCAGGCUACUACCGAGACAGAACCGGUAGCUGUGUACUCCCCGGUAGCUGUGAAUGUUGGGAUAACAAUGGUGAGAUACAUCACCAUGACGAUGUCUGGACGCAGGAUGAAUGCAGUAUUUGCUCUUGUGUGAAUGGAGAGGCAGUUUGUAACAACGACUGUGAGACUGUCAACUGCCCUGCAGGUUAUGCACCAGUGUUCGAGGAAGGCCAGUGCUGUCCAGUUUGCAGAAAGGUUUCUGAACCAGAUGUAUGCAGUUUGGUUCAUGAGCUUCGUAGUGUGACAAACACUCUCGGCUGUGUAGCACUCAACGUCAACGUGUCAUCAUGUGAUGGACAUUGCCGCUCUCGGUCACAUGUCCUACUCCUGGAGCCUUAUAUACAACAAGAUUGUAGCUGUUGCCAUGGUGAGGUGGAAUCGGUUGAUAUGAUAACGCUGAUGUGCCCAGAUGGAACUACGACUCUUGCCCCUCUUGCUAAGAUCUCACAUUGUGGAUGUAAGACGGCUCUGUGCUCAGUGCAAGAUGAGACAACCAGUUCUCCAAUAUCUUGAGAGAAGAGUUACCAUGGCAAUGAAUGAAGACUACGGACUGACUACCGACUUUAAGAACCUUAGAAACCUAGAAUUAAUCUUUAAAUUAAUAACAAUGUAAUUUUGCUCACAUGUCUGUGGGGCUGAUUGUAUGGGUUGAUUCAAAAUGCUUUUCAUUCCAAUAUUGUGCAAUAAAAAGUUUAUUUAAUGUAUUUGAUGAUUGUUAAUAAACUAUUAAUGAUUGUUAAUAAACUUAAAUAAUGUAGACACAUUUUUUUCAAAGUUGAGACUUUCAACAUUUAGCAGUAUUUGUUACAGCCAAUAAAUUAUUCUGUCAUGUUGCCAUUUACUUUUUUUUGCAUUUGUACCACAGUUUGCAACGGAUACUUCUAUUUUCUCAUUAAUACCAAAAUCACACUCUUUGAUAAUGGUCAGUCCAUAGUGAUUGGUCAUCAUUUGUUAAAUCACUUGAUCAACAGAUUCGUAUUACAAUCUAAUAAAAGUCAAUUUAGCAAGAAAGACUCUGCUAGGGUCGCAAAUUCAGGCCAUUAACUAUUUUUUGAAAAGUCAAUUGUGAUUAAUAAAAAUUGUUUGUUGUUGGUACUUAAGAUUCUACUGUUGCUAAAAAUAGAAAAUUAGGUCUAUGUAU